CGUGUAAAUUCGUGUUUCGUGUCAUAGCGGUUAUAUACUCAUUAUUACUAAACUUAAUUGUCAAGUCAAUUCAAUCUAUAAUUUUCGCUUAUUUGUGUCUUAUUAAUUUUCGUGUGUCCGCUAUCCACAUUAGGCGCUUUGUUCGGUAUUUACUCCACGAGUCUUGAAUUUUACGUGGCAGUUUUACUAAAUACAGAAGCCGCUCGCGCAAAAGCUGACAUAAAUUUAGGUUAAGCUAGAUUUUCUACAAAACCUUAAAUAAAAUCUCAAUAAACAUUAUACAUUAAGUGUUUCAUGAGAUAUAUAUAGUAUAUUGAUAUGACCAGUAUAGUUGAUGAUGGUGCUGAACUUGCAGCCAGAAAUGAUUUGAAAGAUCAUGCCGGCGACGGUGAUAAUUCUGAAAACAUUGGAACAGCGCCACCGGCUUCUCUGCCUCAGGGCGAGGAGCAUGCUUCAGUCGUGGCGGCACAUUACAAUCACCUCGAAGAGAAGGGACUGAAGGAAAGGUUUAACUCUCCUAUAUUUUACUUGAGAAACUUUAACAAUUGGGUGAAAAGCGUUCUUAUUCAAGAAUAUACUGAUAAAAUACGGGAAAAAGAUUAUGGAAGACCAUUAAGAGUUCUCGACAUUUGCUGUGGUAAAGGUGGUGAUUUAAGUAAAUGGCAGAAAGCUAGAGUAGAACGUGCAGUUUUUGCAGACAUCGCGGAGGUUUCAGUGCAACAGUGCCAGACACGCUACGAAGACCUGCGGCGCCGCUGUGGGCGGCUCUUUGCCGCGGAGUUCAUUGCUGCAGACUGCACCAAAGAUACUCUGAGGGACAAGUACCGUGACCCAUCAAUCAGUUUUGAUGUUGUCAGCUGUCAAUUUGGACUACAUUAUAGUUUUGAGAGUUUAGCUCAAGCUCGUAGAAUGCUGACUAACAUAUCUGAGUGUUUGAAACCUGAUGGUUAUUUUUUUGGAACUAUUCCUAAUGCUUAUGAAAUAGUGUCAAGAGCACAGAAAUCACCUGAUGGAGCUUUUGGAAACAAAAUCUACAAUAUUAAACUGCUGUUUGACCCGAAGGAAGGCUAUCCAUUAUUCGGAGCCAAAUAUGACUUCCAUUUAGAAGGAGUAGUAGACUGUCCGGAGUUUCUGGUUAAUUUCCAAUUAUUUGUUAAACUUGCCGCAGAGUAUGGCUUAGAACUUGUUUACAGUGCUGGGCUUGCAGAUUUUUAUAAAGACCAUUGUGAAAAAUAUAAAACACUGUUGAAUAGAAUCAUGUGUUUUGAAAGUUAUCCUGCUCCACCCGGCAAGCAGCUUAUUGGAGAAGAGACUGAUUAUACACAUGCUAAAGAACAUUGGGAACAAAUGGAGAAGAAGUCUGAUAGAGAUAGAAUUGGGACUAUGAGCCAGAGGGAAUGGGAAGCUGCAACUAUCUACAUGGCGUUUGCAUUCAAAAAACUGAAGAGUACUUGGGACGCCAAUGGAAAACCAGUGUAUAGCAAAAGUUCAGCAGAUCAAUCAAAAAGUAAAUGAUAAAAGUGAUGCAUUGACCUACUUCGGUAUUGUAAUGAUUUGUCAUAUAAUCUAUAUGUCAUAACAUUAGAUUUUUUGAAAAUGCCUACCUAAUCUGAGUUAAUAUAAAAUAGGUAUCAUGAAUAAGCAAAAUAUGAAUUUUCUAGUUAUUGAUUAUUUAACAAUCAAAACAUGGUGAUAUCAGGUAUGUGGUGCUACUAAAAUCAUCAUUGCCUGGCGUGAGGUAACUUUAAUAUGAUAUUUUUUAUUGUUAAAAAAAAGUAAGCUUCUCCACUACCUAAAAUAUGUCAGAAAUUGGUAAAUUUAAAGCUAUUACAACAUUGAUUGCUUAGAUAUGAUUGGAAAAUAUGUAUUGACUAUUGUACAUUGACAUAUCUAAAGAUGGACCUUACGGACAAUAGGAAUGGGGUCAGUAUGUUCUGCAGUCUAACGCAACUAGUUGCAACCAAUUGCGCGCGUGAUGCGAACUCAUCAAGCAAUCGCGUUGUGGCAUUAGACUGCACUAUUGGCUCGAAUUCUGUGAUUAGCCGCCACUGAACUAGCACCAUUCUUAGUGCCCUUAAGGCCCGUCCUUAAAUAUAUGUCAGUGGUAUUGUAUUAAAACUAAUUUUUACAAGUGCAUCAUUGAUCUGAACAAAACUUUAUUUAUAUGUGACCAGUUAACUGACCUACUAUUUUAUUAUAUGAAUUGAUACCUCG